GACAGACGGCUGAGCGCCAGAGAGAGCAGAGAGGAAGGAGGAACGGCUGCAGAAAAGAUACACGAGGACAAAAUCAGAGAAAAUCGGAGAAAAGAUGCUUCCACAGCUGCUUCUCAUCUCACUGCUGGGGUCCACAUGGACUACAGUAACUGGACUGCAUUGUGCUCAGACGUUUCCUUCUCAGCCACCUCCUUCAACUGUUAGCAGUGUUAGGCCCUCAGACGUGGCUGUGCUUUCCCCUAUUGGACUUCACAUGCACAGCACUGAGCUGUCCACAGUGGUAUCAAGACUCAGAGAGCUGAUGACCCUAUUCAAUCCUGCGCUGAUCAGUACACUCUCAGAUGAAACAACCUUGAACGGCCCUCAGUUCGUUCAACAAAGCUCACUGGUGGAGCAGGCAAAGGAAGUAAACAUCUAUCUCCAGAACAACCAGGUCAUUGAUGUGGAUAGAGACUGGAAGCUGGUGCUUCUUUUUGUUCAGGUGGAUCAGCUCUGUGCCUGCAAGCAGCAGCAGGUUCAGUCUGUUAUCCAGUCAGUGGUUGAAGAGGUGGAUGAAGCUCUGCAGCUGCUGCGCUCUCAGCUAAAGCGGACCAUCGUCAGCGUUGCAUUGUGGGAUGGAGAGCACAAUGCUUUCCAAAAGAUGUGCCCAUGCAUGGAAACAAACCGUGAAGGGGAAGUCAGACUUUUGAGGGCCACGCUCACUCAAUCUCUGCAGGAGUCCUUGGAUGAGCUGAUGGUGAAGAAACGCUGGUACAGUGACAGAGAUGACUUCACCGUCACUCUGCAGGACAAACCUUUCAUCACAGACCUGUCAUCUGUUGCUAGUGGGAAGCCUCUUUCUGAGUCAGAAGCUGCACAGCAAACUGAUAAACUGAUGGUGCAGAUGUGGGCAAACCUGGUGAGGCCUACAGCAAUCUCUUGCUCUCUACACAUGCUGUAUAUACACAAACAUAUAGGGUCAUUGUUCGCUCUGAGGCAAACAUGAAAACAAUGAGUUUUCUGUCUUUCAGCAUGCAGCCCACAG